AUGACCAGCACAGGGCGCCCCGGGGCUGGGGAGGCCCAGGAGGAGGAAGGGGAGGAGGGAGAGGGCUCUGUGGAGCCCCCGUCACCUGAGAUGAUGCUGGAACAGGCUCGGGAGUUGUUUCUGCUGUGUGACAAGGACGCCAAGGGCUUCAUCACCAGGCAUGACCUGCAGGGCCUGCAGAGCGACCUGCCCCUCACGCCCGAGCAGCUGGAAGCUGUGUUCGAGAGCCUGGACCAGGCCCGAGCUGGCUUUCUCACACCUCGGGAGUUCUGCCUCGGCCUAGGCAGGUUUGCAGGCCUGGGGUCUGCCCAGGGCUCACUGCCCUCCAGGGCCACUGAGGAGACCUUUGAGUCAGGCUGGUCUGGUGCGCGGGGCCCGGGGGGCUCCCUGGAGGAGGAGGAAGAGGACGAGGAGCGAUUCUGCACUGCACUGGAGCAGCUGGGGGUGGCCCGGGCCCUGGGCGAGCAGCAGGCGGUGCGGACGCUCUGGGUCCUGCUGCAGCGCGAGCGACCCGAGCUGCUGGGCUGCUUCGAGGACGUCCUGAUGCGCGCGUCGGCCUGCCUGGAGGAGGCGGCCCGGGAGCGGGACGGCCUGGCGCAGGCGCUGCGGCGGCGGGAGAGCGAGCACGACAGGGAGGUGCGGAACCUGUACGAAGAGUUGGAGCAGCAGCUGGGUGAGCAGCGCCGGCGCCUGCGCACGCAGGACCGACCCCGGCAGGAGCGCAGAGGCCGCCUGGAGCAGGAGCUGCAAAGCCGCGAGCAGGAGCUGGAGCGCGCGGGCCUGCGGCAGCGGGAGAGACGUGGUGGCGGUCUCCAGAAACAUGCAGAAGGAGAGGAUCAGCCUCCUGCGGCAGCUGGAACUUCUCAGGGAGCUGAACACCCGGCUGCGGGAUGA